ACAUUUUGCCUUCAGUUUGGUCCACAGUCCCUAAGCCAGAGUUUCUUGCCGUGCGACACCUUGAUUGUGAAGUCCCCAAAGGAUGAGAAGAGGGACCUUAAGCCCCGCAGGCCCCACCUCAGAGGAGGAAGCAUCACCGGGCACAGGAGGGUCUCCUUAUGUCCUCCAGGCCGGGAAUAUCCGAGAAUUCUUGGAAAUGAUGCCAGGAGACCAAAUCAAACAGGAGCCCGAGGAGAGCUCCCUCCAGUUGUGGGAAGUUCAAUGGCAGGAGUUCCUGAAGACCGUUGAGACCCCCGAGCCAGACCCAUUUUCAGAGAAGUCUUCCCCGUGGGAUGACGCCAAAGCCUUCCUGGCUUCUUUUGAGCAAGUGGCCGAGGCCUGUCGGUGGCCCAAGGAAGAGUGGGUGACCCGCCUCACGCCGGCCCUCAGCGGAGACGCUGAGCAGGCCUUUCUCAAGCUGCCCGCCCGACACAGGGAGGAUUACGGGGUGGUGAAGGCGGCCAUCUUGCGAGGGGACACCUUGAGCCGGGAGAAGAUCCGCCAGCACUUCCGGCAGUUCUGCUACCGGGAAGCCGAGGGGCCCCGGGUGGCGUAUAUCCGACUCCAGGAGCUUUGCUGCCAGUGGUUGAAAUUCAAGCACCACUCCAAGGAGCAGAUUUUGGAGCUGCUAAUCUUGGAGCAGCUGUUGACCAUCUUGCCACCCCAGAUCCAAAACUGGGUUCGGGAACGUGGGCCGGAGACCUGUUCCCAGGCAGUGGCCUUGGCUGAGGAUUUCCUCUCAAAGAAACAAGGGAUCCAAAGACAAGAAGACCAGGAGGGUUUCCCGGAGACAGGCAGGAGCUCCUCCGAAGGAGACCUUCCUCCUCCUUCGAUCCCAGAGCAAAGUCAGCUUUGCAUCGAGACUAAAAAGGAAGCGGAUGAUGACGACGAUGACACUCCCAGGUUUUUUGGGGGGUGGGGAACUAUAAACAAUGGUGAAGAAUGCGUUCCAGAGGGCUCCAAAAUGGGUUGUCCACUCACAGCACCGGUCUGGAAGGAAGAGGACAGCCUUUCCCAGUGUUGUAUGCAGGAAAAUGUCUCAGCGAGUCACGAAAAGCCAGAAUAUCCUCAGGAAUCUGAUCUGGUGGAGGAACCAAUGGACUCAGCUCCUUGCGGAGAAGUUUGCCAAAUCAUCAGUGAAACUACAGCUACGGUCCCCAUUGGAAUGGAGUCCAGAAGGAGACGAAACGCCUGUGGGUCAUAUGGGAGAAGCUCCAGCCUCCCUAUGAGAACUCGCACAGGAGGUAAACCAGUCCGAUGCCCGAUCUGUGGGAAAUACUUCCUUUGUAGCUCAAAGCUUCUCGUCCACCAAAGAAGCCAUGUUGGGGAGAAAGCCUACAAGCGGUUAUACCUGUAUGGAGGCCAGCACAUGUGCCCCACUGACCUCCAUGCCAAUUGUCCAGGCCAGGCUGCCAUGUUCCACAAAAUGGUCCCUCGAAUGCGUGGCCAGCGGUGGGAAGGCAAGGAGGUCGUGGCCUUGCUCAACGGGAUCAAGUCCAGCCCUGCUCUGGCCCUGUUCAUGAGCAGCAGCUCCCAGAGGGGGCAACAACACUGGGAAAAAAUCAAGGACCAGCUCCAGGCUCAAGGAUACACCCGGAACAUAGACCAGCUGAGGUCGAAAUGGAAACAGCUGAAGACAGACUUUUUCGCAGCCGGCCGACCUGCGGCAGAAGGAAAAGAGAGGCCGCCCAUUAUACCACCUUAUUUCAAUCGGAUGCGGAGCGUGUGGGAUGCAGCUGGGAGGCCCCCCUUCAAAGAUCGGCACCUACCAGCCUCUUAUCGAGCCCGAAGGCGUGAGCUAGAGAGACGUGAGGACGAAGACGGCGACGUGAUAGCGCAAGGCUCUUCUUGCUGACAGAGGGAGGGAAGAUCCAGAAGUAUCCACCAACAACCAUUGGUGCUGUUGUGUGCAUGGUUGACAUACACCAGCAACAGAAAGAUGCAACUGGGGAAGCAUUCUCAAGAGCAUGAUUGCUUAGCAUAAAGACAAUAGAACCACCACCAUAAUUAUCACCAGGGCAGGUCCUCUCACUGGGCAGGGUGAGGCAGAUACUUCAAGCUCCUUCAUCCUGGUCGCAGAGCCAAUGUUGUUGGAGGAGGAGGCGGUUGUGUGCCAAAGAGUGUGCUUAGUGCCUACUAAGAUACACUGUCUUGAAGUGCAGGGAAGGAUAGUCUUUUCUCUAAUGAGGAAAUUCAGUGGCCAGUCCAGUUGGUUCCUACAAGGGUUAUCUGUAAAGUAAGCUUACAAAUACAAAGAAUGAAUAUAUUUUCGUAGAUUGUAGUAUAGGCAUUACCAUAUUUUCCCACAUAAUCACCAUUCAGGUCCAUACAUUUCGUCAUCCGUGGGACAAGUUUUGAUGCCUGUGUGAUAAAAGUUUCCCGCCACCUUUUUCA